AUGGGGCGCAUCAAGAAGAAGGGCACCUCCGGCAAUGCGAAAAACUACAUCACGCGCUCGCAAGCCGUGCGCAAACUGCAAAUCUCUCUGCCCGACUUCCGCCGCCUAUGCAUCUUCAAGGGCAUCUAUCCGCGCGAGCCACGCUCCAAGAAGCGCGUUUCCAAGUCCGCCACCCCCAGCACCACCUUCUACUACACCAAGGACAUCCAAUACCUGCUCCACGAACCGCUGCUGAACAAAUUCCGCGAUCAGAAGGCGCUUGCGAAGAAGAUCUCGAAGGCGCUGGGGCGGAAUGAGGUCAGCGAUGCGGCACGGCUGGAGAAGAAUCUCACGCCGAGGUUACGGCUUGACCAUAUCAUCAAGGAGCGAUAUCCUACCUUUGUCGAUGCGCUAAGGGAUCUGGAUGAUGCGCUGUCGAUGCUGUUCCUGUUUGCCAACCUGCCGAGUACGGCUGAGGUGCCGCCGAGAAUCAUCGCUAAAUGCCAGCGGUUGACGCUGGAAUUUGAGCACUACCUGAUCCGGACACAUUCGUUACGGAAGUCGUUUCUUUCGAUAAAGGGCAUAUACUAUCAGGCUACCAUUCGAGGACAGGACAUACUAUGGCUUGUACCCUACCGGUUCGUACAGCGCACGGGCGGCGACGUUGACUUCAGGAUCAUGGCGACAUUUGUAGACUUCUACACGACGUUGCUCAGCUUCAUCAACUUCAGACUGUACACAGGUAUAGGCUUGGUGUAUCCGCCACGGCUGGAUGCGAAGUCGGAAGAGCAAGGCGCAGAGCUUGGCGCAUUCCAGCUUGAGAGUCAAGGGCAGUCCGAGGCUAGUACUGCAGAAGAGAUGGUGGAGUCAGGCGUCAAUGCGAAAGCGCAGGCGGAGGCGGACAGGUUACUGGCAGUGUCGGAGCCGGAAGACACCACCUUACCACCGCCUGGCAUCGACGAGCCCACUGACGAACAGACGACGGAAGGGGAGCCAUCAUCAACCGCCCUCGACACAUUCGCUCCCAUAGAUCCACAUGCCGAUGCCCUGCUCCAACCUUCCCUAACCGCCGACGCGCAGACCGCUGGCCAGCUUUUCGAAGCCUUCACCUUCUUUCUCUCCCGAGAGACACCGCGGCACCCACUCGAGUUCAUUCUCAAAGCCUUCGGCUGCAAGCGCGUAGGCUGGGAUACCUCGCUAGGCGAACCAGGCGCUUACUGCGGGAGCGAAGACGAUAAGUGCAUCACGCACCAGAUCGUGGAUAGACCUGACAUCCCUCUACCUUCGCCGCCACUCACGGACGGCGAGGCGGACGCGGACGAUGAGGAUGAUGGGGUGUUCGUAAGAAGGCAUAACGAGCGCGUGCCCGGAAGGAUAUACGUUCAGCCACAGUGGGUUUGGGAUAGUGUGAACGCCGGUCAGUUGCAACGGCCGGAUCUGUAUGCACCUGGUGCCACGCUGCCGCCGCAUCUGAGUCCGUGGGUCAAGCCGAGAAAGGGGGAGUAUGAUCCUACAUUGUCGCUUGCGGAACAGGAGACCGUUGCGGAGGCGGAAGACGAGGAUGUCGAAGAUGAACUGGAAGCGGACCAGGCUCUGAACGGUGCUAGUGAGGGCGAGGAAGUGGAGGGAGUCAGAGGCGAUAAGGAAGCGAGACAGCUGGAGAACGAGCUUGACGAGGGUGAUGAUUUGGAGGGGGAAAAUGGUAUGGAUGUCGAGCUUGCCGCGUCCGAAGACGAAGAUGACGCUGCCGAUAAGGCCGAAGUGGACGCUGUAGGCGAGGACUGGGGUGGCUUCUCUGGCGACGAAGACGAAGUCGACGCACUUACUCGCCACAACCAGAGUCACCAAGCCGAGCUCGAAGCCGAAGCGCUUGGCCGUACAGUGCAAUCCACUCCCGCCGACCCCAAGAAAGCCGCUCGCGAAGCUGCUCAAGCCAGACGUGCAAGAGCAGAGAAAGAGGCGCAAGAAGACGUCGAGCGCCGGAAGAUGAUGAUGCCGCGGCGCAAACGCAAGAUGUACGAGAAAAUGGUGCAUUCGAAUGCCAGGAAGGACGAGGAGGCGGAGAAGUUAAGGGGCAAGAGGCGGAAGAUCGAGAAGGCUGCUGUGAAGCGGCAUGGAAUGGCAUAAUGUAGAUUACCUGAGUGCUGAGCUUAGGCGCAGUGUUCGCCGCAGUAGCAGACUCUGGAGCUCUUCCUGCGCUCCCUGGACACUUGCG